AUGUUUCGGACACAAAUUCGGAAUGCCUUCCGGCUGCGGCCGCUUAGAAGUCCAUUUGUGCGUAAAGUGUCGUAUCAAUAUCUGCACUUCCAGAACCUCCAAACUCGGCCCUCCCGUUUUAAGAGGUUUCUAUACUUUAAUUUGGGUCUAGUGGCCAUGACCUCAUUCGCCUACUAUAUGUGGUGGCCCAAGCACACAUUUCCGCUGUCUGUUGCCAAGAUUCUUCGAAAGGGUUUGUGGGCUGAAAGUGACCGUGGAGAGAAAGACUACCAAUUAGCUCUCAAACACUACUUGGAUGCAUUGCAAGAGUGCGAUGAUCUCGAAAUGGAUCCAUUGUGUGACGAGUAUACGGGCGUGCAGUUGAAGAUCGCCGAAAUGUAUGAGAGACUUGAUAUGGUCGAUGAGGCUGCUUUCAUCUACAACGAGAUUGCCACCUUGUAUUUGAGUGUUCUCAAGGCUGAUCCUAACUCUCCUUUGGGUCGUCGAAUCAAAGGAAUUGAUCACAGGGCUCACUUGAUUCAGAAAGACUUGCGUAUUGCCCUUAAACUUACCCAGCUUAACAGACUGACCACGUCGCUUUGUAAGGCAAUUUUAAUUACCCACUUGCUCAUUGCGGAAGACGAAGUAAGACGGAAGUUGGGACUUCCUGAGAACUCUGCAUCGCUUAUCUUUGGCCCUGAAUCUUCAAUUUUGAAUGGAGGACUACUCUACUUAGAUCCUAAAAAGGACCCUAAUGCCGCUGCUGCUGCUGCCUCUGCAACUACUGGAACAACCGUGACUACUGUUGGUUCUGGAUCUGGAAAGCCUCUCGGGAACGAUGUAGAGGCAACAGAAACCGCUGUGUUACAGGCAAACCCAGAAGCUUGGGAACCCUUUGUCGAUGAAUACUUCAACGGUCUCGACAUGUUGACAGUGUUGUGUUUGUCCAUGGGAGAUAUCACCACCGCAGCAAGGAUUGGAUUUUCCAAGGAUGUGCAAAUGAUGCUUGCCGACGUGCCUGUUGACAAAAGACUACUCUCAAUGUGCAAUACCGCAUCGGUGCUUUACUGUCAGGCCGAUCUGUUUGAGGCCGAAGAACAGAAACUUCGCAAAUCCUUUGCUGUGGCUGCUGGUGUAGACUAUGACAAAUUGAAGGCUAUUCAUGAUCCGUUGCAGCCCAUUUCUGUGAGUGGAACAGAGGCUGAAGAUAUUCGCAACCAAAUUGCUCUGGUGGUUUCUCCUAGCGAGAAGAGAGAGUACGAGCAAAUUGUUGCCUCCAAGGAUAAGUUGAUCGAGGUGGCCGUCACCAUGUAUGAGGCAGUGAUUGCAGGAGCUAAGGAAGUUCAGGGAACUCCUGUGGUUGCCGAGAUUGAAAAGCCGGCUGCUUUAGCCACUUAUGGAUUGGGAGUAGUCUAUUUGCAUCUUUCACAGUACGAUAAGGCAGAAAGACUUCUUCGGGAGGCACGUGUACGGUCCAGAAAGUGUGGAUAUGAUGAGUUGAUUGAAGAGAUUGAGAGAGAACUCAAGAAGGUGUUUAGUGAGCGAGAGAUUGUUCAAAGAAAGGCCAGCGUGGAAGUUCGGAAUUAA